AUGUCAAGUGUCAGCUCGGCUUUGCUGGAGGUUGGGAGUGCGUCAUUGGCGAGCUCCCGCGUCCGGUGGGGGCCAGCCUUGACCCGCCGUGGCGGGGGGCGCGUGGCUGGGCUGUCUCGUCGGAACCGGUGUUGGAGGCAUUCAACUCCGAGCGGUCGAGGCCUGCCAGCAGAGCGACGAUGGAGCAUUAUCCUGUUCAGGAGCAUGGUCUGGGCCUCUUGGCACAUCAACAAGAAGAGCGAGGUGGGCGACUUGCUGGCGGUCCCUGAGGCGGGGCCGUGGGCGCUGACAGAAGAUUGCAGGGCAUGCUAA